CCCGACUGAGAAAUCCCGCCGAGGCUGUCACCCUGUCCCGGCGCUUCCGCUAUUUCUGGGCAGGGUGAAGCAACGCUGCUUCAGUCUCACCCCGCCCGAGGGGUUGAAGACUUCGGCUCCCGUCCGUCCCGUCCGUCCCGUCCGUCCGUGCCGGGAGCGGCAUCCGCGGGCGCGCCGCGCUGCCAUGGCCGGGCGCCUGCUGCUCCUCCUGCUCUGCGCCGCGCUGCCCGCCCAGCUCCGCGCUCAGGGAGGCGUAUUCAUCAAGAAAGAAAAUGCUGACAAGUUCUUGGAAAGAGCAAAACGUGCUAACUCUUUCUUCGAGGAAUUGAAGAAAGGGAAUAUUGAAAGAGAGUGCAAUGAGGAGCGCUGCUCAAAAGAAGAAGCAAGAGAAGCUUUCGAAGACCAGGAGAAAACUGAGGAAUUCUGGAACAUCUAUGUAGAUGGGAACCAGUGCAGCUCAAAUCCUUGUCACUAUGGUGGCCACUGUAAAGAUGGAAUUGGUUCCUACACCUGCUCAUGCUUGGAUGGUUAUCAAGGCAAGAAUUGUGAAUUUGUCAUACCAAAGUUCUGCAGAAUAAACAACGGAGACUGUGAGCAGUUCUGCACUGUCAAAAGAGAUGGGCCGAAGGAUGUAUUGUGUUCCUGUGCAGAUGGGUAUGUUCUAGCAGAGGAUGGCAAACACUGUGUCUCAAAAGUAAAAUACCCCUGUGGAAAAGUUUUUGUGACAAGGAAAAAAAGGUCUGUUCUUUUACCCGCUGACUAUAGCAAUGGAACGAGUGAUCAAGAAGGCCUCCCCACAAAUGAAACAAGCACAGAGGAGGACUUUGUAAUUACCACAGAAAGCCCAACCCCUCAGCCUGACAACAGAACAAACAGCAGGAAACCAAAUGUCGAUACCAGGAUAGUAGGUGGGGAUGAGUGUCUUCCUGGCCAAUGCCCGUGGCAGGCUGUUCUGUUAAACGAGGAAGGAGAAGAGUUUUGUGGUGGAACUAUUCUGAAUGAAAAUUUUAUACUUACUGCAGCUCAUUGCAUAAACCAAUCCAAAGAAAUCAAAGUUGUUGUUGGUGAAGUGGACAGAGAGAAGAAAGAACAGUCUGAAACAAUGCAUACUGUGGACAAAAUAUUUGUUCACUCUAAAUUUGUUGCUGAGACUUACGAUAAUGACAUCGCCUUAUUAAAGCUGAAAGAACCUGUCAUGUUUUCGGAGUACGUCGUGGCAGCGUGUCUCCCCAAAGCAGACUUUGCUAAUGAAGUUCUGAUGACCCAAAAAUCUGGGAGAGUUAGCGGCUUUGGGCGUGAAUUUGAAGGCGGACGAAAAUCCAAAAAACUGAAGGUGCUUGAAGUCCCCUAUGUUAAUAGGAACACUUGCAAGCAAUCCACUAACUUUGUGAUAACUGAGAACAUGUUCUGUGCUGGUUAUGACACAGAGCAAAAAGAUGCUUGCCAAGGAGACAGUGGUGGCCCCCAUGUGACCAGAUAUAAGGAUACUUAUUUUGUUACUGGGAUUGUUAGCUGGGGCGAAGGAUGUGCAAGGAAAGGCAAAUAUGGUGUCUAUACCAAGCUGUCCCGGUUCUUGCGUUGGGUAAAAACGGUCAUGAAUAUGUAGAGGUGGUGUGUCCCUUGGUCCUUGUGUUAGUUGCCAAGGUGCAGGAUGGGAAAUGGAAACUUUUUUUGUCCCGCAUCUGCUAAGCCCAUUUUGAGAUCCGAUUCCGUAAAGUUAUGGUGCUGCUUCCAUUUGUGUUAUUGCUGGCUUUAAAGCACAUCUCUGUGGACUGUGGUGGUGUUUGGAGCUGGUUGAGUGAGGGAAUUCCCCCAAACCAAAUGGCUGCUCAGCGGGGUCUUUGGCUUCUUUUAAUUAUUUUUCAAUGGCCAUUUUGGUGCCUGUCUGUUGACACGAGUGCUCCUGCCAGAGGCUCCUAAACAUGUUACGAACAUUCACUAGUUGUGAUGAAAGCAGGAAGGACAGGACUCAGUUAAUCCUCAUACUGCAGCCACCUGGCUCAGCAGGGAGUUCGUCCUUGCUGGAGUUGUUUAGCUUCUACCUUCAGAUGUGUUCAGAAGAUUAAGGGAGCGGGGGAUCUUGCGUGGCAAAAGCUGAGACACAACUAAUUUUUCAAAGUGUGAUGCUAAAUAACCACAUGUGCCACAAAAUGGCCUGCUCAGAUCACAAUCAGCUCAUUAUAAAGGGGUUUUGCUUUAUAAGGAUUGUGCUUCACUUCAGUUUAAUUUGAACACUCUGCUCAUCAGAAAAAAUAUACGUGUAUGGUCGCCGUUUUCUGUAUCUUGUUCUGGAUUUUGUAUGGCUGACAUUUGGAAAGCUCCUUGCACAGGUAUUGUUCUAGGUGUUUCUGUUAGGUGUGAUACUGAUGUAUACCAGCAUUUGAAAUAAAACAUUCUUCCUUUUU